AUGCCGGGGACGCAUCUUCUACCACCAAAUCUUCUCAAACUCUUCGCACCUCGUCCACCGCUCCCCUAUGCUCGCCCUGUGGACCGGGACAUUGACCGAAUUCGCAAAAAAGAUGUUACUGGUGUAGCCGCCAUCCUUGCUCAGCUCAAGGAAGCCAAUACGGAUUCCUUGAUAAAUGCUGGAACAUCCGAGGCAAUGGAAGAAGGAGAAGAGCCCGUGUAUACCCACGCCGAAGAGACCAAGCGCCAAAUCAGACGCGAGGAACGCAAGGCCAAAAAAACGGAGGACUUCAAGAUCGCGAAGGAAACUUACAAGCCUUCUGACGACCCAGAGGCUAUUGGUGACCCUUACAAAACACUCUUCAUCUCUCGAUUGCACAAAUCCGCCACCGAGACAGACCUUCGACGGGAAUUUGAAGGUUAUGGAACCAUUGAACGCGUACGAAUAGUUCGUGAUAAAAAACAGCGUAGCAGAGGCUACGCAUUUAUUGUAUACGAGCGGGAACGCGACAUGAAAGCUGCUUACAAGGAAUCCGACGGUUUGCAGAUAAUGGGUAAGAGAAUUCUCGUGGACGUGGAACGAGGUAGGACAGUUCGCGGUUGGAAACCUCGUCGUUUAGGCGGCGGUUUGGGUGGUCGUCCAAAACGGGUGGAACCCGCCCAGCUGCCCCCACCAAGAUCUGGAGGUAUGAGAGGUGGGAUGUCAGGAGGAGGCGGAAGAGGGUUUGGCGAUCGAGGUGGUUUCAGAGGAGGUCGUGGUGGUUUCGGUGGAGGUCGUGGUGGAGGUGGAGGUUACGGUGGAGAUCGCCCCAGUUUCGGUGGUGGGGACCGUGGAUAUGGGGAUCGAGGAGGCGGAGGCGGAGGAGGCUAUGGUGGUGAUAGAGGAGGCCAUGGCGGUGACCGAGGUGGUGGUGGGUUCCGUGGUGGAUUCAACGGAGGUAACGACGGUGGAUUCAGAGGGGGAUUCCGCGGUGGACGGGACGGUGAUUCUGGAGGUUUCAGAGGUGGACGUCCUGGCGGCGGAAUUGGGUUCCAAGGCGGAGGAGGAUUCAGUGACAACCAACCCAAUGGCUUCGGGCCUCCUCAUGCAGGUCCAGGCGGAUAUGGUGGUCCUCCUUCAGGUGGUCCCCCAGGUGGAGGAUAUGGUUAUCGUGGUGGUGAACUCAAGCGCGAUGCUCCAGGCGGGUAUGAUGAUCGGGAUUCUAAGCGACCUCGGUACUAG